CCUUGCUAUAACGGGACCAACCAGUUAGCAACAUUCUCACAGCUGCUUAUUAAAGCGGCUUAGUGUCGGCUUUAUAUUUCAACCAGAUCAUUCAAUAAAUAUCUAACAAAUAUACUGAUAUUUUCCAGAUGUCAGGUCGUACGAAGAAGAGGUUCGGUCGGAAUUAAUUGUAUUUUUAGUUCCUUAGUGGCUGUUAGUUGCUGCAUCAGAUUGUUUACAUUGGCUUACCCAGUCGCUAGUUAGCAAGCUAGCAUUCCUAGAGUAGUUACUGUUUAUACGUUGUUUUUUGUUCAGCUGAAGGGAUUUUCAGUGUCAUUCGGAGCAUUACAUUAGUUGGUAUUGACUUAGGUUGCUUAGCUAAGCGUUGUCAUUUAUUCUGGUGGCCGUUAUAAACUUUUUUUUGGACUGUUGUUACACCGCUGUGUUGCACGGCUGCUGUGUGCAGUAUGGGGAUGUGUCUGCCAUGCUUGGGUGGAGCUGCAGACGACGUUGUAGUGACUCCUGAUCCUGAAGCAAGGAGGCGACAACUGGCAGAAGCCGCAGAGAAGCGACAGAAAGAGAGCACACACAGAGGCAUCAAGAACCCAGAAGCCAUGGAGAGGAAAAAGAAGAAACAAGAAGAGAUUGAAAAGCAGGCAAUGAGCACAUCACCAUCCGGAGGCGGGGGACUUAGGUGGCAGGUUGGAUAACAUAAUGCGAAGAGAAGACAACUGGUGUCAACUUAGCAGCUCAGCCCACACGAACGGUGUUUACCAUCCAAAGAGACGGGUGGUAAUUUUUUUUUCUUUCCUUAAAAAAAAAAUAAAAGCUUUUUGGGUCUGUGUUUGUAGCAUAUAUAAACAUUUUGCCAAUCUUCCUGUAAAGGAAAUCUGAUCUUUGGAGAUCUUUGGAUGUCAUGCCUACUCUAUCAUGCUGAGAUACGAUGUUCCAACCAAAAGAGCGCUGAUGUAACCAAAACAGCACUGUGUUUUUUAAUACACUUGUUUAUGGAUCACAGCUGAGAAGAAACAUUGCAAUUUCACUGAUCAUUCACCAGGGUGCUAAUAAAGAAGGGUCUGUUAUUUUUAAAAAGUAAAAAUGGUUGAAAUGAAUGGAACACUACACAUUUAUAUCACAUUUUCUAAUGGAUGGAUGUACAACGUUUGGCACAUUCUAUUAGACGUGCUUCUAUAUUUUACCGUUAUUUUAUACACUGCUGUGUUUUAGUUAAAGGACCACAGUGCAAUAUAAAUGAUAUUCUCAUGUUCUCUUGGGAUUGUACCGAAUGUUGAAACUAAAAAUGAGUGCUGAAUCACAUUUGAAUCAGUCUGAUAUAUUAAUAAUGAAUGUUCUAAUUUUAUUACACUGGUGAUAAAUGAAGGUCACUGAUUGGUUAUUCUUGUGUUGAUUUACUCGAAUGUAGGGCAGCAGAUUAUGACCUAUCUAUCACUGUUCCCUGGUGUAUGCAAUAAGACUACAGCAUAAUUCAGCUCACUCAGCUAUAGUGCACUUCUCUGGUUAACGGCGUUAUUGUGUCAUUAAAAGCCAGGCACAAAACUGUGCUGUUUUUAUAUUAAAGCAAAAUUUUUAAAAGAAAUGCUUUUAAAAUAUCUUUAUUACCAAAGCUCAAUGUGCUUGCUAUUUUUCCCUAAAUAUCUUUAAAUCCUGGCCCUCACCAUCUAAAGGGAAUAAGGCCACGAUAUUUGUUUUAUGAGCUUGAAUAAAUUCCUUAAUCUCA